AUGCUCACGUCCCACAAGAAUCCCAUAGACCUCACUGGAGACGACAAAAGUCUUGACUUCUCACAGCCGAGGCAGAUCAAGCGGCGUCGGCUCGAACCAUCUCAAGAUUCAAAUUCGUGGCCCACGAACUCGUCUGCUCGCUCUCCUCCUGUUUACCGUACCAUCGCGCCACAAACACUCGCACAAACACCCUUAGCCGACCAGGGAAGCUCAAACACGCCACACAAUGCAUUCAACUCAUUCACAAUCCCUCACACCUACCCUUCUCAACCAUACCGUCCUGCAUUCGCACCGGUUGCAGGUCCGUCGGGCGCCCCACAAGCUCUUACUGCUUUCACUGGGCCACCAGCUCCCCUUCCAAUUCAACCCCCAUCUCUCCCCAAACCUGGAAACCAGCAGCAGAUCAUCGACCUCACCGAUUCGCCAUCCCCUCCACCCCAGGCGCUUGCACAGCCCACUCUUCAACAGCCCUCUUCAUCUGCUCCUUUAGAGGACCUUCCCCCGAAAACGCCGGUUUGCAUCGGUCAGCUUCAUGUCACAGCUCUCGUUCUUUACCCCGUGGGUUAUCUGCAAAUACGCCAAUCGACCAAUCCGGGAUCCGAAGAGGAAUGGGCUCAGGUCCGACUGCACUACGACAGGAAUCAUGAACGUGCGGGGAGCGAAGAUACGAUCAACAUUCGGACGCCGAGCUUCAAGGGCGCUAAUGGAACCACCUUGCCUGGUGAGCAGUUUGGCGUUGUUGAACAGAAGGUUGCAUCCGCUCUCGGUCCCAUGCUGUCCAAGGGCUUGAUACGACUGGAUGCUAAAGUGAGAAAAGGGCUGCCGAAUCUACCCAUACUCCCGCUCCAAAUGCUCGUCUACACACCGAAGGGGAACAUACCUGUUGUCGGCGAUUAUCUCCAUCAUGUCGGGCUUUACCUAGACCAUCCAGCGCCAGGAGAGCCCCGCGUCGGUAAUUACCCAUACCAUAAUCCUCACAACCCACCUCCCGGCGGCUUCAAUCGUCCAGGUGCCUGCCGCCCGGGUUAUGGUGGCGCCGGCAUGAACAGGAGAUGGUCGACGCCUAACGUGAAUGCAAAAAGCGUGGAGGUACAGAGGAGUCAAGUUGAUGAGCUGUUUAAGAGCUUGAAAGAUGGUGGCGACGAACUGCCCGAGACAGACCCUCCUCCCGAGGUCGGCACGAAACUCUACCCACACCAGAAGAAAGCUUUGACCUUCCUACUCGAACGCGAACGAGAGAUCACAAAUGAGGAAGGUCAAUACUCGUCUCUCUGGCAGUCUCACACGAACACCAUGACCGGCCAGCCCUCGUGGUUCCAUCUUGUCACACAGAAGGAGAUAUUCCAUGAACCGCCCGUCUGCAGGGGUGCUAUCCUAGCAGACGACAUGGGUCUUGGUAAAACCAUCACUUGUGUCUCGCUGAUAGCAGCCACUCUUUCAUCUGCCCGCGCAUUUGCCGCUUCGCAGUUAAACCCCGUUCAACUUCCGUUUGGUUCUAAUUCCGCUGAUCCGUCCCUGACGGCCUCCCAUUUUGCCGGUAGUGUCUGGGGUAUGCCUGAGCCAUCGACUUCGAACGCACUUUCAGCGAAAGCCAAGGCCAAAGAGGUUAGGGCUCAGGAGCAGAUGGAAGUUCAGUACGCCAGGGCAUGUCGUAUUAAGACGAAGAGUCGCGCGACGCUCAUUAUCUGCCCUUUGUCUACUGUUGCAAAUUGGGAAGACCAAUUUCGGGAACACUGGAACGGAGAGGUCACGGUCUUGGGUGGUGGGGGCGCUUGUCCCGAUAAAUCUCAGCUAGCGUCACAGGCCGCCUCAUCGUCGUCCUCGUCGUGUAUGACGCCAUCGGAUUCGACUUCUUUGACGGCUUUCACGUUGCCGAAGAUGUUGAAUGAGAGCAGCGGUACUAGCAGUGCAACUGUGGUGAAGAAGAAGAAGAACGGCCAGUCCAUUCGUGUCUACGUAUAUCACGGAAACGCUCGCCGACCUGAUCCUGCUUUCCUGGCCAAUUGCGACGUGGUCAUCACAACCUUCGCCACACUGGCUUCCGAGUUCUCUAAGCAGGCGAAGAGUAUCACGGUUGUGGAGGAAGAGGAGGAGGAUAGCAGUGACGGAGAGGGGGGACAGGAUGGUAUCAUUAAGCUGAAGGCGAAGAAGCCUGCGAAACGGAAGAGGGUUGGCUCAGGACCGGAAGCGACCAGUGCUCUGCAGAGUGUGUAUUGGUUUAGAGUUGUGCUGGAUGAGGCUCACUCGAUCAAGGAGACGUCAACUGUCGGUUGCAGGGCUUGCUGUGAUCUCAUGGCGGACCGACGACUGUGUCUUACAGGAACCCCUGUCCAGAACAAACUGGACGAUAUGUUCGCGCUCAUCAAGUUCUUGCGUCUAGAACCUUUCGACGACAAGAACACUUGGACGGAAUUCAUCGGCUCACCGGUCAAGUAUGGUCAACCUCUAGGUAUCGCCCGUCUGCAAAGGAUUAUGAAGUGCAUCACCCUUCGACGUACGAAAGAAAGCAAGACGAAUGCUGGCGACCGUAUACUCUCCCUUCCCCCUCGCCAAGACCAGCUUCUCUACCUGAAGUUCGACGAGAAGGAGCAGGCUAUCUACGAUCAGUUCUUCUCCGAGUCCAAGGCCGAGUUCAACGAGCUUUCUGACAAGAACGAGGUCAUGAAGAACUACGUCGGCAUCCUUCAGAAAAUUCUACGACUCCGCCAGAUUUGCGAUCACUGGGAACUCGUCAAAGGCAAGGGUCUUCUCGCAGGCGAACAAUCUCAGGGAGACUCGUCAAAUUACGAAGAUGCGGUGGCUGCGAUCAACGCGGAGGGCAUUACACCCGCGCGGGCUGCCGUCGUCUUCGCUAUCCUGCGCGAGGCGGCGACGACCCAGUGCGUAGAGUGUGGCGUCGAGCUUUGCCAGCCAUCUGCCGAUGCGCCGGAUUGCGUCGGUAGCCUUGAUGGGGAGGGAUCUCAGCCUGCCAAACGCGGACGAAAGCCGAAGAACGCCACGGUCUCCCGAAACGCCUCCCGAGCGAACAGCCCGUCUGGGACCGGCUCCUCGACGACGAUCCCGCUUGUCCUUACGCGCUGUCAGCAUCUCUUCUGCGGCUGCUGUUACAAACGCAGCGUCCACCCAGGCUGGCCGAAGUCCGCCAUGGAGGCCAUUCGUCCUUGUCCCGUUUGUCAGACGGGCUUGAUGCCCUCCGACGCCGUUGAGGUCAACCCGAAUUUCGUGCCAGGCGAGACGCCGGAGAAGAAGAAGCCCGGGAGGAAGGUGAAGAGGGUGAAAGGGUCGACGGCCGCAGAAGAUUUUCACCCUUCGACGAAAAUCAAUGCGCUCAUGGGCGAUCUGGUGCAAUUUUCGAAGACGAACCCGAAGUCGGUGAAUUACGAUCCUGAAAAUGUGGAUGUGCAGUGUGUGGAUGGACAAGGUAAUGCGCUUGAUGACGGGGUUGUGAAGAGUGUCGUGUUCUCUCAGUGGACCACUAUGCUUGACAAGAUCGAGGAGGCGUUGGAAACGGCGAACAUCCACUACGAACGACUCGACGGGACUAUGAAGCGUGAUGAAAGAACCCGUGCCAUGGAGGCUCUCAAGAAUGAUCCCUCGUGCGAGGUCCUUCUGGUCAGUCUCAAAGCAGGCGGUGUAGGUCUGAACCUCACAGCCGCCCAACGUGUUUAUCUCAUGGAUCCGUACUGGAAUCCUGCGGUAGAAAACCAGGCGGUAGAUCGUAUCCAUCGUCUGGGUCAGACGAAACCGGUCACGACUAUCAAGUAUGUCAUCGAGAACUCUAUAGAAGAUCGACUUCUGGCCGUUCAGAAGAAGAAGACCGAGUUGGCGAACAUGACCCUCGGCCAGAACUUCAGCAAGGCCGAUCUUAUGCAGCGUCGCAUGGAGGAGCUCAGUGCGCUCCUCGGAUAAGCGACGGCUCAAACUUGUUUUCCCGUAUUUCUUUGUUCCUCAUAUUUUGUUUACCCUUGUACCUGUUCCACACCUCAUCUUCUCCGCGUUGUCGCUACCCUUCCUGCUUUCUUGCUGUCACCCGUGUGGUCUUUUGUUAUUAUUCGUACAAUAUAUGCUCGCGGUCUCCCUCCGUGCGCCCCUCUCCGUUCACGCCCUUCUCCCCAUCAGCCCCAAUUCUCUAUCUUGUUACUUACGUUGCCUGUCGUACAUAGAUGCGUCAUGUUCGUUGUUGUACUUAAGAUUUCUCAGAGCCACGAGACGGAGACGUUUCGCCUUGGACUGUACCCGUAACCUAUGCCCCAUUUAUUCCAUCUUUU